CAUGGCUUCGAAAGGACAGGUCGAGAGUUGGACCGAGGAAGCCAUCUGUCCCAUUUGCUUGGAUUUCUUCAUCGAUCCGGUUAUACUGGAGUGUGGACACAACUACUGCCGCUCCUGUAUCACACGGUGUUGGGAAAGGGAGGAGAGAAACUCCUGCCCGGAAUGUAGAGAGGCGUUUGCAGACCGCACCCUAAGGGUCAAUCGAGCCUUAGCAAAUCUGUCUGAGAGAGCUCGAAAACUAAAUCUGAAUCCGAAAGAGAAGGAAAGUAAACUUCACUGCGAGGAACAUGAGGAAGAACUGAAGCUGUUUUGUGAGACGGACAAGAAACUGAUCUGUCUGAUCUGUAGAGAUGCGCGGGAACACAAGUCUCACAACUUCAUGCCGAUGAAAGAAGCUGUUGUAGUUUACAAGGAUCAGGUUAAAUCUUCCUUAGACUCUCUCACAAAAAAGAAAUCGGAUUUUCAGGAAAUGGAGCAACAACAGAAAGAGAAGAUUUCCGGAGUUCGGAAACAGUCACAAAGCUUUCAGUCCCAGAUCAUAUCCCAGUUUGAUGAACUGCGCCGGAUUAUCACCAAGAAAGAGCAGCGCGCGCUCCGAGAUCUCAGGGAAGAAGAGGAGAGGAUUCUGAAUCCAAUGGAGAUAAAUCUUCGAGAGAUUCAAGAGAAUCUAAAUUCUAUUCAGGAGGAAAUCUCUAAGUUACAGACACGGAUGGAUCAGAAGGACAAUUUGAUAUUCCUCAUGGAGGAAGCUCGUCGGAAGAAGAGGAUUAGUGAGGAUACCCUGACAUUGUCUGUGACAGAUGGUGCCCUACUGGCUGAAAAAUUCGAUCAUCCCUAUUUGCUGAUAGCAUCGGAAAAAGUGUUUGACGGCAUUAAGCAAGUCUCUGUCACCCUGGAUGUGGAAACGGCGCAUCCGCGGCUCGAGGUGUCUCAGGAUCGGAAGAGUGUGAGACGGACCGGGACCCAGUGGAAUCUCCCUGACACCGGGAAGAGGUUCACAGACCGGCCUUGUGUGCUGGGAUCGGAGGGAUUCACAUCGGGGAGACAUUACUGGGAGGUGGAGGUGACGGGGAGUCGGAGCUGGGGUUUGGGAGUCGCCGCAGAGUCUGUGGAGAGGAAGGGAGAGUUCACACUGAGACCGGAGACCGGAUUCUGGAUCAUCGAACGGAUUGAUGACGAGAUUUCUUCCAGCAUCUGAUUCAAGAAAAAAAUGGGAGUGCAGUGUAAUUUCCUCUGGAAGGGGGAUAUGGAAGAAGGAAUGUGCUCGGAGAGGGGAGUGGACCAUUAGAGAAAUCGAUGCUCAGGUUGGAACUACCCGGAGAGGUACGGUGAAGGUUAGAGAGACAUGGACAUGAUAUUUUGGAGCCGGAAGUGUGGCAACACAUGCAGGCUGAUCCCAGCACAAUCCUCGGGCAGACUGUGUUGGUCAUUGACACAAUGGAGAAAUGUAAAUGGUGAUGUCCCCUGUGUGUAUUUGUGUAUGGUGGAGACAGAGAGAGAGUCUGAGAUCUCAGGGAAGCACAAAACUCUUUCAGGGCUCAACAGACAGGAUGCAGGGAGGACUUUUCCCCUGUCUGAGGAGUUGAGGGUCAGGAGUCACUGUCUCAGGAUGGAGUGAACCCUCAGUGACUUCACACACUCUGGAUAUUUUCAGUGAUUUCAAGUUCCCUGGCCCCAAUCAUCUUAUUUUCACUAUGGAUGUCCAGUCCCUAUGCACCUCCAUCCACCAACAGGAAGGGCUCAGAGCUCUCUGUUUCUUUCUGGACACCCGUCCCAACCAGUUCCCUUCCACCACCACUCUCCUCCAUCUAGCGAAACUUGCCCUCACUCUUAAUAAUUUCUGUAAUUUCCACCAUCUCCAACGGGAUCCCACCACCAAGCACAUCUUUCCCUCUCCCCCACUUUCUGCUUUCAACAGGGAUCACUCCCUACACGGCUCCCUUAUCCAUUUGUCCUUUCCCACUGAACUCCCUCCUAGCACUUCCAAGGGAGGCGACACUUCACCUGUGUGUCAGGUGGGGUCAUAGACUGUGUUCGGUGCUCCUGGUGCGGCCUUUUGUACAUCGGUGAGUUCUGACAUAGAUUGGGAGUCAGCUUCAUCAAGCACCAGAGAAAACUGGAUCCCAGUAGCCACCCAUUUUAAUUCCACUGCCUAUUCCCAUAUGUUCAUCGAGGGCCUCCUCUACUGUCACAAUGAGGCCACACUCAGUUAGAGGAGCAAUAUCUUAUAUUCCGCCUGGGUAGCAUCCAACCUGAUGGCAUGAACAUCGAUUUAUCGAACUUCCAGUAAUGACCACCCCUCCUUCACCAUUCCCUGUGUCCUUUUCCCUCUAUAACUUUAUCUCCCUGCCAGCCCAUCACCUCCCUCUGGUGCUCCUCCCACUUUUCUUCUAUGGCCUUCUGUUCUCUCCUGUAGGACUCACCCUGCUCCAGUCCUGUAUCUCUUUCACCCAAUUCCCAGCAUCCGGUUUCACCUAUCACCUCGUGUUUCUCUCCCCCCCCCCCCAACCUUUUGACUGUGAUUCCUCAUGUUUUUUUCUCCAGUCCUGCUGAAGAGCUUUGGCCUGAAACGUCACCUGUAACAUAGAAACAUAGAAACUAGGUGGAGGAGUAGGUUAUUCGGCCCUUCCAGCCUGCACCGCCAUUCAGUAUGAUCAUGGCUGAUCAUCCAACUCAGAACACUGUACCUGCCUUCUCUCCAUAACCUCUGGUCCCUUUAGCCACAAGGGCCAUAUCUAGCUCCCUCUUAAAUAUAGCCAAUGAGCUGGCCUCAACUGAUUCCUGUGGCAGAGAAUUCCACAGAUUCACCACUCUCUGUGUGAAGAAGUUUUUCGUCAUCUCGGUCCUAAAAGGCUUCCUCUUCAUACUCAAAAUGUGACCCCUCGUUCUGGAAUUCCCCAACAUCAGGAGCAAUCUUCCUUCAUCUAGCCUGUCCAAUCCCUUUAGAAUUUAAUACGUUACAAUAAUAUCCCCUCCCCCUCAAUCUUCUAAAUUCCAGACAAUAUAAGCCUAGUCGAUCCAGUCUUUCAUCAUUUGAAAGUCCUGCCAUCCCAGGAAUCAAUCUGGUGAACCUUCUUUGUACUCCCUCUAUGGCAAGGAUGUCUUUCCUCAAAUUAGGGGACCUAAACUGCGCACAAUACUCCAGGUGUGGUCUCACCAAGGCCUUGUACAACUGCAGUAGUACCUCCCUGCUCCUGUACUCGAAUCCUCUUGCUAUGAAUGCCAGCAUACCAUUCGCCUUUUUCACCGCCUGCUGUACCUGCAUGCCCACUUUCAGUGACUGGUGUACAAUGACACAGAGGUCUCGUUGCAUCUCCUCUUUUCCUAAUCGGCCACCAUUCAGAAAAUAAUCUGUUUUCCUGUUCUUGCCACCAAAGUGGAUAACCUCACAUUUAUCCACAUUAAAUUGCAUCUGCCAUGAAUUUGCCCACUCACCUAACCUAUCCAAGUCACCCUGCAUCCUCUCAGCAUCCUCCUCACAGCUAACACUGCCGCCCAGCUUCGUGUCAUCCGCAAUCUUGGAGAUGCUGCAUUUAAUUCCCUCGUCUAAGUCAUUUAUAUAUAUUGUAAACAACUGGGGUCCCAGCACUGAGCCUUGCGGCACCCCACUAGUCACUGCCUGCCAUUCUGAAAAGGUCCCGUUUAUCCCACUCUUUGCUUCCUGUCUGCCAACCAAUUCUCUAUCCAUAACAAUACCUUACCCCCAAUACCAUGUGCUUUAAGUUUGCACAUUAAUCUUCUGUGUGGGACCUUGUCAAAAGCCUUUUGAAAAUCCAAAUAUACCACAUCCACUGGUUCUCCCCUAUCCACUCUACUAGUUACAUCCUCAAAAAAUUCUAUGAGAUUCGACAGACAUGCUUUUCCUUUCACAAAUCCAUGCUGACUUUGUCCGAUGAUUUCACCGCUUUCCAAAUUUGAGUACUUUUUUUCGUAGAUGCUGCCUGCCCUGCUGAGUUCCUCCAGCAUUUUGUGUGUGUUGCUUGGAUUGAAUUGAAUUGACUUUAUUUCUUACAUCCUUCACAUACAUGAGGAGUAAAAAUCUUUACAUUACCUCUCCAUCUAAAUAUGCAGUCAUAGUAAUUUAUAAUAAAUAGAACAGUCAGUGUAACAUAGAAAUACACUCAAAUCAGUGUGAGUUUAUCAGUCUGAUGGCCUGGUGGAAGGAGCUGUACUGGAGCCUGUCGGUCCUGGCUUUUAUGCUGCGGUACCAUUUCCCGGAUUAUAGCAGCUGGAAUAGAUUGUGGUUGGGGUGACUUGGGUCCCCAAUGAUCCGACGGGCCUUUUUUACACACCUGUCAUUGUAAAUGUCCUGAAUCAUGGGAAGUUCACAAGUACGGAUGUGCUGGGCUGUUGGCACCACUCUCUGCAGAAUCCUGCGAUUACGGGAGGUACAGUUCCCAUACCGGUCAGGAUGCUCUCAGUUGUGCCCCUGUAGAAAGUACUUAGGAUCUGGGGGCCCAUACCGAACUUCCUCAACCGUCUGAGGUGAAAGAGGUGGCUGUUGUGCAUUUUUCACCACACAGCUGGUGUGUACAGACCACGUGGGGUCCUCGGUGAUGUGGAUGCCGAAGAACUUGAAGCUCUUUACCCUCUCAAACCCAAAUCCAUUGAUGUCAAUAUGGGUUAGCUCGUCUUCAUUCCUCCUGUAAUCCACAACCAGCUGCUUUGUUUUUGCGAUAUUGAGGAAGAGGUUGUUUUCUUGACACCACUGUGUCAGAGAGAUAACUUCUCCCCUGUGGGCCACCUCGUUAUUGUUUGAGAUUAGGCCAAUCAGCGUAGUGUCGUCGGCAAAUUUAAUUAGCAGAUUAGAGCUGUGGGUGGCGACACAGCCCUGAGGAGCUCGUGUAUUGAGAGUCAGAGGGGUGGAGGUGAGGGAGCCCACUCUUACCACCUGCUGGCGAUCUGACAGGAAGUCCAGGAUCCAGCUGCACAAGGCAGGGUCAAGGCCGAGGUCUCUGAGGUUCCUGUCGAGCCUGGAGGGAAUUAUGGUGUUGAAUGCUGUAGUCCAAGAACAGCAUUCUCACAUAAGCAUCCCUCUUCUCCAGAUAUGUAAGGAUGGUAUGUAGAGCAGUGGCUUUUGCAGAUAUCCCACCCUGCAAAAACUCAUUUCAGGGAGGUAGCACCCCUGCCCCCAGCAACCCCAUAUUCCCCCACUCCCCACCACCGUCGACCUCCAAGGGUGCAUGUAAUACUGUGUUUAGUCAUUUUGUCUAAUCUGUAAACCAAGUUGGGUAUAUGUAGCA